UGAGCGCGCAUUGUCCUCUGUGAGAGAGGUUGAAACGGGGCAGGGUAAAAAAGACCCAGCAGGCUGUGCUUUUAAAAGACCCGAGGAGACUAUAAAAAGUGGUUUCGUGCCCACUGUAAAGGCUGGAGUCGAUAUGCGCGCAGACAGGCGGAGGUAGGCAGAGCAGAUAGAGGCUGGGACGCGCACAGUAUUCAAGGGUUUAUUCUCAGAUGUCGGCGCUCGGUCACAGGUAGACGUAAACGAGACGCGGGGGUUUAAGGGGCGGCAUUUUUUUUUCUUCAGUUGACUUGGGAUUUUAAAGACAGGCUCUUUUACAAAAAAUAAAAGACAGAAGUGCAUGUUUGCUACUUUAGUAAAUAGGAUGCGUGUCUUCUCCAGCCGACCCGGUGCUGUUUGACACUUUCGCUCCCCCACUCCUCCUCCUCCUCCUUCCCCGAGCUGGAUUCACUAACCGGUCUGUUUUCUAACCGGGGGGAAGUUGGGCUCAUUUAAACUUUUUUUUCUGGCUGUACUUUUGAUGCCACGGAAAUGGGACUGCGCCAACGGGAGAGCGUGUCCGCGCUUAGCAGAAAAAGUUUGCUUUGGACCGGGCUGAUACUCUGGUUGACCACGUCUGUUGACGGGACCUGGAGGACGGGACUUUACAAAACCUACUCAGCCGGGACGCAGCUGAGCCGAGACCAGACAGCAGCUUCUCACACCUCAGUCUACCAGAAAAGGAACUGGUGUCCUCAUACGGUCACUAAGACAGUGACUUGCCAGGUGCAGAAUGGGACAAUCCUCCAGCGGGUCUACCAGACAUGCCGCUGGCCACAGGGAUGUACGGGAGGCAGCUACAGGACCGUGGUCAGACCUUCCUAUAAAGUGGUGUACCGCACUGUGACCUCUCUGGAGUGGAAAUGCUGUCCAGGAUUCAGUGGCGCUGCCUGUGAAGAAGAGGCAGGAAACCAGUUUGCAGCUCAAGAGGCACUAAGGAAACCAUCCACGCUACGACGCCCACCUGCACGCACAGGAGAGCCAAUCUCUAAUUGUCUCAAUUGUAGUCGGAUCACGUCUUUGAGUGACAGACUGAGCUCGCUGGAGGCAAAGGUCCAAUUACUCAAUGCCCCAGCCUCCGUAUCACAUCGCCACCUUCAGGGUAAAGGAGGAACUGCACCAGAGGCCUCAUUACUGAUGGGGGCUGUGCCCGCUCAGGGAGCUCCUGGUGAGCAGGGACCCACAGGUCCUCAGGGUGAAAAGGGGAGAGAUGGGCUUCCUGGCAGAGAUGGGAAGCCAGGUUCUCGAGGGCUGCCAGGUCCCACUGGGCCUCGGGGGGAUAUCGGUACAAGGGGCCCAUCUGGAUCCCCUGGAUCGAAGGGAUCCCAGGGACCUGCAGGCCCCCGUGGUCCACCAGGACUCCCAGGAGAGAGGGGCCUACCAGGCCCGCCUGGCCCACCAGGGCCUCCAGCGCCGGCCAGUGCCCACAUCCCAGAGCCAGACCACAAUCGUGGAAAAGACCCCUUCUUCACCAACACUUUCCAUGAUUCACGAGGGUUGCCUGUUCCAGGACCUGAGGGUCCCCCCGGGCCUAUCGGCCCCCCAGGUCCCAAAGGCCCAGUAGGACCUCCUGGCCCAUCAGGACAGAAUGGGAAACCUGGAGUCCCUGGAACGCAGGGGCCUGUUGGGCCAAAGGGAGAACGUGGGGAGAGAGGUCCUUUAGGUUACCCAGGAGAGAGGGGCUUCAGAGGCGAGCCGGGAACAACAGGUCCAAAGGGAGAGCCAGGAGAGAAGGGCUUGCCGCUGUCUGACUCCCUCUGCAAGCUACUGUCCCCAUGGCUACCUCUCACAGUCACCUUUUCAGCAUCUGACUUUGGCAUAUACAUAUAAAUGUAAAUAUACAGCAUACAAUAAACAACGCCAUGCACCAGCGCUGACUGAGUGAUCAAAUGUAGAAUAUACUAAAAGUCUUCUGGAAACAAAUUUAUAAUCAUUUUAUUUGAAUUGUCAAAUCAAUUUGUUUGAUCAUCCAGAUUUCAAAAUGUUUAAAUGAACCACAAAGGAAAUGUAUAUGCCAAAUCACUCCAUAUAUGUCAGUGGUGGGUCCUGUUGGGUUUAGAGGUGUUGUGCUCUGAUGUGAGUGGAGUGGAUACAGCUAUCCUCUUUUAUCCCACAAUGCAACCUUGCAUGAUUUCAUCUUUAUGUCCUGCACCACAUGAACUUUUAUUUUCUGGAUGUGAAAGUUGGCUACAAAAUGUAUCUAAUGAAUGAAAUAACACAGUGCUGUUAAAACAGAAAUAAGGCAAAGUGGCUCUAAAUUCCCUAAAUUGUUCUUAAUUGACAACUUACUGCUGUUUAGCAGAUAUGUUUAUCGUAUUCACUAUCUUAGUUUACUGGUUAGUAUGCUAUCAUUUGCAUAUUAACAUAAGACUUCUUAUAAAUUAAGAUUUUUACCUGACGAUGGUGCUAGAUGAAAAGUCGGAGCAUCACAAUAUUACAACCUGAUUGUGUGUGCUGGAUUUAAUGGCAGUCCAUCCAAUAGUUGUUGAAAUAUUUCAUUAAAACCAGAAAUGUGAACAACAUGCGGAUGCUACAGGAAAUGGAUCACAAAAGUCAGUAGAACAAUUAAUUCAAUAGCUGUUGAAACCUUCCAAUCUGAAACAAAGUGGUGGCUUAUAAUGUGACUCAGUGCAACUUUGCCUUUUUUCUUUAAACAUAAUGUAUGUUCUUGGUUUGUCUUACUAAUCAGAGCAUUUCAUAGUGGGGAAUCACUCACCUGGGCACCAAAAGCUUCUGCUACUCUCUGCAUGCCUUCUUUUGUGAUGGUCUCUGUCUGUUUUACUUUAUUUUUGAAGGUAUGACUCAUGAAGCCAUCUCCUUAUCCUAUAGCAAAAAGACAAAUAAAUUAGAUUUCACUGUAAAUCUACAAUGGCUUCAUUCAGUUAGGCAGCAGUUUGUAACUUUUGUGAACACAGUGUUAAGAAUGAGAGCUGUGGAGCUGUAAAUACUUGCCUGGCUUAAUACCCAAAAGGAAUGCAGAUGGCAUGAUCAAAUCUAAACCCUGGGAGAGUGUAAUCCAGCUGUGUUAUGUCACCAACAUGAGGCUGGUCUGUAAUGUGCAUGCUGAUGUUGCCCUGCCCAGCAUGGCAGAGACUGACUUCAUAUAGCAGCAUGGCCAGAGAAUGAGGGAUGACAGAAUAAAAUACAGGGGCCAGAUAUGUCUGAGAGUGCUGGGCAGAUCUGUGGACUGUUUUAACCUUCUAACUGCUGAACUGUAUUGAGAAAAAAAUAAAUGACUUGCAUCUUGGCGAGCAGUUCUUUGGCUUGUGCUCCUUACCUUGACGGCUGUAUCUAUC